AUGCAUGAAGAUGAGAAAAUAGGGGGUCUGCCAGUUUAUCCAGAUAAGUAUGAAGAUUUUGCAUUCUGUGUGAACUCAAGUGAACUAUUUGAAGUUUCUUUUAAAGGGAGCUUAUUCACAUGGUGGAAUGGUAGAGCUGGUAGAGAUUGUAUUUUUAAAAGGUUGGACAGAAUGCUCACUAACUCAAAACUACAGGAUUGGUUUGGUCACAUGGAAGUUGAACAUUUAUCUAGAACUGGUUCUGAUCAUGCUCCUCUUCUACUUACUUGUGGAAAUUCAUCUCAACAUUUAAGUCUGUUUUUAUCAGAAUGGAGUAAAGCUACCUUUGGGGAUAUCUUCAAGCAACUGGUAGUAAGGGAAGAUAUUGUGAGAGUUAAAGAACAGUUUUUUGAAGAUGAUCCUUCUCCUGCAAACAGGAUGGUUCUCCAACUAGCACAAGCAGAAUUGAAGAAGUAUAUGCAUUAUGAGGAGGAGUUCUGGAGACAGAAAUCUCAUUUUACUUGCUUUUCUGAGGGGGAUGGGAAUACAAGGUUUUUCCACAAUAUGGUAAAUGGUAGGAGGAAGAGAUUGCAGGUCAAAAGGAUGAAAAAGCAAAAUUUUACACAGGAGGAUAUCUCCUCAGAUUUCUCAUUGCUGCAACAUGUUCCUAAUAUGGUUACUCAGGAGAAAAAUCAAAUACUUACCAGCAUGCCAACUCUAGAAGAUGUUAAGAAUGCAGUUUUUGAUCUAUCAGGAGAUAGCUCAGGUGGUCCAGAUGACUUUUUGCCAAACUCCAUAACUCAUACAAAUCUGGUUGUGAUCCCAAAGAAGAAUAAUGUUGAGACCUUUGCAGAUAUGAGGCCCAUAAGUCUCAGUAAUUUUAUAAACAAAGUGAUCUCUAGAGUGGUGCAAAAUAAACUUGAAAAUGUUUUGCCCUCUUUGAUAUCUACUAAUCAGUCUGGUUUUGUAAAGGGAAGAUGUAUCAUUGAGAAUGUAUUGUCGACUCAAGAAGUGGUUUCAGAUAUAAAACUUAGGGGAAAACCAGCUAAUGUGGUGCUUAAAUUGGAUGUGGCUAAGGCUUAUGAUAGAGUAUCAUGGGAUUUUUUGGCAAGAGUCCUGAGGAAGAUGGGAUUUGCAGAAGUAUUUAUAGAUAUGAUAUGGAGAUUGAUAGCAAACAAUUGGUACUCAGUUCUAUUCAAUGGACAGGCUUCUGGAUUUUUCCAUUCAACAAGAGGUGUUAAGCAAGGAGAUCCACUCUCUCCUGCUUUGUUUAUUUUGUCUGCAGAAGUGCUGUCUAGAGCAUUGAACUCUUUAUUUGAGGACAAUGGCUUUAGAAGCUAUGGAAUGCCUAAAUGGAGUGCUAAUUUGAAUCAUCUUGCUUAUGCAGAUGAUACUAUUAUAUUCUCAUCUGCAUAUGCUACUUCAUUACAGCUGAUCAUGGGAAUAUUACAGGAGUAUGAGCAGAUGUCAGGGCAGCUUAUCAACAAAGGAAAAAGUUCCUUCCACAUGCAUAGUAAAGUUGCAAAUAUGAUAGUGCAGUAG